CCCCCUUUGCCCCUCCUUGAUUCAAAAGUUUAAAGUCAACAGGAAGAAGGAAAAUGAAUUCAAGAACUUCCCCUAAGUGUUUCAAGUUUAGUCACCCCAUAUCUUGAUAAAAGGGUCUGCCCCUAGUUUUAGCCCUUCCCAGCCAGAGCCUCCUGAGAGAAGGCUGACUGCUUCCUGGGCACCAGACCGGGGUUCUGUGCUUUGGUGGGGGUGGUCUGCACACAGCUGGCAGUUCAGAAGGCAAGCCAAGAUGGCAGACUGGGGGCUCAGCACGAAACAGGAGCCUGAGAUUGAGCUCUUUGUCAAGGCUGGUUUUGAUGGGGAGAGCAUUGGAAAUUGUCCCUUUUGCCAGCGCCUCUUCAUGGUCCUCUGGUUGAAAGGAGUCAAGUUCAAUGUGACAACUGUUGACAUGACCAGGAAACCUGUAGAGCUGAAAGAACUAGCCCCAGGAACCAGUCCUCCUUUCUUGUUGUUUAACAAGGAACUGAAGACAGACUUCAUUAAAAUCGAGGAGUUUCUAGAGCAGGUCCUGGCUCCUCCAAGGUAUCCACGUUUGAGUCCCAAGUAUAUGGAGUCUUUUGAUGUGGGGAGUGACAUCUUCGCCAAGUUUUCUGCAUAUAUUAAGAACACACAAAAGGAUACCAAUAAACAUCUGGAGAAAGCUUUGCUGAGGGAAUUUAAGCGUCUAGACAUCUAUCUGAACAACCCCCUUCCAGAGGAAAUUGAUCAGGACAGUGCAGAAGAAAUAGUGGUCUCCAGAAGGAUGUUCCUGGAUGGAGAUCAGCUGACCCUGGCCGACUGCAACCUGCUCCCUAAACUGCACAUCAUCAAGGUGGUUGCUAAGAAAUACCGGGACUUUGACAUCCCUGCUGAAUUCUCAGGAGUCUGGCGCUAUCUGGAAAAUGCCUAUGCCCGAGAGGAGUUCAGCCACACAUGCCCUGCAGAUAAAGAGAUUGAAAGCACUUAUGCAUCUGUGGCUAAAAAAAUGAAUUAGGAAAAUAAGGGUGCAUGUUCCAAAGUGACCACUGCCCAUGCAAGCUACCUUUUGCAUCAUAUCCCUACUUCUGCUAGAAAUGUUGACAAAACAUGUAGUUUGAAAGAGAACUCUGCUUUCUAUCUAGCCAGCGAUACCCAGAGUGCACCUGCAUAUUCUAUCUCGCCUUUAGGCUUUCACAAAUUUCCAGCAUCCUGAUGGCAAACCCAUUUGAUUCCUGAAUCCCUAAAAUGACUUAUGUAAAUCUCAGCAGAACUGGAGCCUAAAUUGUCUGGUGAACUUUGUACCCCAGCCUUUAAGAGCUUCAGCCCAAGAUACUGGAUGAAAUCAUUUAAGUGGGACUUUGUUAAGAGUUCAGUUUUCUACAAGCAAGGAAUUGACAGGCCCAGAUUCUGAACCUGAAAAAAAAACUGUAUUCCUGGCCCCCCAUCUAACAGUUCAUCCCACUUGAGUCCAGGGAAGGGAAUGAGCAUUUAUACGGCACUUACUAUGUACCAGGAACUGUGCUAAAUAUUUCACAAUUAUCUCAUUUGAUCCCCACAACAACCCUGGGAGUUGGGUGCUGUUAUGAUCUCUAUUUCACAGUUGAGUGAACUGAGGCAGAGGUGAAAUGACUUGCCCAGGAUCACCCAGCUGUUAAGUUUCUGAGGCUGGGUUUGAAUUCAGGUCUUCCCGAUUCCAGGGCCAGGACUCUGUGCACUGUGGCACUGCCUAGCUGUCUCAAUAGUUGGUAACACUAGUCAGCUACCUCAAAAGUCAGUAACACUAUUGGUGUAUUCCCUAAGGAUAUUGCCCCAAAUUAUCACCACCUGAAAGCAGCAUGACAUCAGUUCCUCAGAGCAUUGCCCCAGUCUCGUCUAGGAAUAAUUGGUAAUGUAUAGUCAGGCGAGAGGGUUUGGGGGCAGAGUUAUGUGGCUUACAAAUUCCAGGGCAUAGGAAUGAAUCCUUUAUAGUGAAAGACAUGAUCUCUGGCCUUAGACUGAAGAAAAAUGUUAAUUAUGGAGUCAAGCAAUGCUUUUGUUGUUACUGCCUCUUUUUGACACACACACACACACACACACACACACACAUAUACAGAGAGAGAGAAAGAGAGAGAGACAGAGAGAGAGAUUAUUCUUGGUUUUACUACUUAAAUGAAGGAAUGAGCAUUUUUUGAGAAGCAAAACCAAAUUUUCCAAAGAUGGCCAGUAAAAUAAUGAAGGCCAACCCACUCUGGAGCAUCCCUCCAUGCCUGGGAAUAUUAAUACUAUUCAUGAUUCCAGAUGAUUAGACUGUGAUGCCUGUCACUACAUUAAACUGCUACUGAACCAUUAAGGAUUUAUUAAUCAUCUUUCAACGAUAGAUAAACCAAAGCAAAGUCAUAAAAGCCUGAGAUGCAGACAUAUUCCAUUAUAAAAUGUACUCAUUGACUGAAGUCACUAAGUUGAAAAUUUCUAUUCCUAAUACAAUAUAGUUACUAAUUAUUUUUAUUGCUUUUAGUAGAAUAGUUUAUGAUAUUCCCCUCCCCUGCAAUUUACCUUUGCCUAUAGAAGUAUCUAUACUCAAGAAACUCGGAGGAAUGGGGGGACAUCUCUAGACCCCAUGUGACUUUGACUUUCUCUUAAAGAGAGACAAAAGUCCCACAUUCAAAAGAUAUGCCAGUAGAUAUAGGGCUAAAUGGAUCUGUGUGUAUCAAGUGUAUUUCUCUAUUCAUAGAUUUGAGGAAAACUAGUCAAGUGAAGGUAACAAGCAUAUAUUAAGCGCCUAUUAUGUACCAGGCACUGUGCCAAGUGCUGGGGACACAAAGGAAGGCAAAAGUUUAUGCUUCCAAGGAGCCCACAAUCUACAGAGAUCAGCAGCAGAGGAAAUGCACUAGAAUUAAGGAGGAGCAGGAAAGACAUCUUACAGAAGG